CGCGAUUCGGCCGCGAUCCGGCCCGAUUCGGGCCGCCGCCGCCAUGGACAUGAUCCAGAGCAUCGAGUGCGUGUCGUCGUCGGACGGCAUGGAGGACGACGACGCCAUGUCCUCCAACCUGCCCCUGCCCCUGCCCCGCCCCUUCCUCAAGGCCUCCGCGGCCGCGGCUAUCGCGGCCGCCAGCAUCGGGGUGGUCCCCACGUCCGGCGCCGGCGCCGGCGCGAUCCCAGGCCCGCUGAUCCCGCCGGCGACCAGCGUCCACGAGCUCCUCGAGUGCCCCGUCUGCACCAACUCCAUGUAUCCCCCGAUCCACCAGUGCCAAAAUGGUCAUACCCUUUGUUCGACCUGCAAAGCUCGGGUGCACAACCGCUGCCCUACCUGUCGACAAGAGCUGGGUGAUAUCAGGUGUUUGGCAUUGGAAAAGGUUGCUGAAUCUCUUGAGCUACCCUGCAGAUACUACACACUAGGUUGUCCAGAGAUCUUCCCAUACUAUAGCAAGCUCAAGCAUGAGUCGCAGUGCAAUUUUAGGCCAUACAGCUGCCCUUAUGCAGGAUCUGAAUGCUCCUCAGUUGGAGACAUUCCUUUCCUUGUUUCACAUCUGAGAGAUGACCAUAAGGUUGACAUGCAUUCUGGGUCGACAUUCAACCAUCGCUAUGUCAAGUCAAAUCCCAGAGAAGUUGAAAAUGCAACCUGGAUGCUAACUGUUUUCCAUUGUUUCGGGCAGUAUUUCUGCUUGCAUUUUGAGGCCUUCCAGCUCGGAAUGGCACCAGUCUACAUGGCAUUUCUCCGCUUCAUGGGCGAUGAGAACGAUGCGAGGAACUACAGCUAUAGCCUUGAGGUGGGUGCGAAUGGCAGGAAGAUGAUAUGGGAGGGCACGCCCCGGAGCAUCCGGGACAGCCACCGCAAAGUGCGCGACAGCCACGAUGGCCUCAUAAUCCAGCGCAACAUGGCGCUCUUCUUCUCCGGCGGGGAGAGGAAAGAGCUGAAGCUGCGGGUGACAGGUCGCAUCUGGAAGGAGCAGCAGAAUCCUGACUCGGGAGCCUGCAUCCCUAACCUCUUCAGCUGAAGCGAAUAGUUGUUCCCAACAGGAUCAUGUGUGGGUGGUUCAGGUGUAUAUUGAAAUGUGAUUGCCAAUUUGUUUCUCUUUACAGUUUGCGUUUGCCUCUUUUUCGCUUUUCAGCCACUUUGUUGUAACAUGCUCAAUAUUCUUUGGGGUGGUUGGUGUCAGGAAAACACGUGGAGCUCUAUUGAAAUCACAUGGUGAUCAUUCUCUUC